CUCGGGCGGAGCGGCCUGGACCUUGAGCGCGGCAGGCUAGCGUCGGAGCCGGCGGACAGGGGGAAGCCGGGGGAAGCGACACCGAGAAGGCGAGCGCACCGGAGAGGGGCCGAGGGGCUCGCGAAGCCGCACCGAGCUCCCGCGCACGGCAGCCGGCGGGCCUCUCCCGAUCGGCGCCAGCCCCGGAACGUGCUUCCCGGCGCCCAGUGCUUCCAGCCACCGCCGAAGACAGCGCACCGCUCGCUCGCAGCAGCGAGGCCCGGGGCGGCCCCGCAGGGACCUCCCCAAACCGCCCGGGCCGCCCGGAUGUGCACUAAAAUGGAACAGCCCUUCUACCACGACGACUCAUACGCAGCGGCGGGAUACGGCCGGGCCCCGGGCGGCCUCUCUCUACACGACUACAAACUCCUGAAGCCCAGCCUGGCGUUCAACCUGACCGACCCUUACCGAGGUCUGAAAGCACCCGGGGUGCGGGGCCCGGGCCCGGUUGGGACCAGCAGCUCGUACCCGACGCCCACCAUCAGCUACAUCCCCCACGCGCAGCCAUUCGCCGGCGACCACCGAGUGCAGCUGCGCGUAGGUCGCGGCGCCUCCGCCUUCAAGGAAGAACCGCAGACCGUGCCCGAGGCGCGCAGCCGCGACGCCACGCCGCCGGUGUCUCCCAUCAACAUGGAAGACCAGGAGCGCAUCAAAGUGGAGCGCAAGCGGCUGCGGAACCGGCUGGCGGCCACCAAGUGCCGGAAGCGGAAGCUGGAGCGCAUCGCGCGCCUGGAGGACAAGGUGAAGACGCUCAAGGCCGAGAACCUGGGGCUCUCGAACACUGCCGGCGUCCUCCGGGAGCAGGUGGCCCAGCUCAAACAGAAGGUCAUGACCCAUGUCAGCAACGGCUGCCAGCUGCUGCUAGGGGUCAAGGGACACGCCUUCUGAGCACCCCUGCCCCGCACGGACAUCCCACCCCCCAGCCUGGACGGCUGGGCGCGCGCCUACCACCGGGUGAGGGUGCAGGCGGUGGGCACCCGCCCCGGGGCAUGGGGACGCCGAAAACCACACUGGACUCCUGCCCGCCCGCUCUGCGCCCAGCCCUUCCACCUCAACGUUUACAAGCCCCCCUUCCACUUUUUUUUUGUAUUUUUUUUCUGCUGAAAACGAACUCGAUUCAUAUUGAAUAUAAUAUAUUUGUGUAUUUAACAGGGAGGGGAGGAGGGGGCGAUCGCGGCGGAGCUGGCCCCGCCGCCCGGUACUCAAGCCCGCGGGGACACUGGGGAGGGGACCCCUGCCCCCUGCCCUCCCCCUCUGCACCGUACUGUGGAGAAGAAACACGCACUUAGUCUCUAAAGAGUUUAUUUUAAGAUGUGUUUGUGUGUGUGUGUGUUUGUUGUUCUGACUUUUUAUUGAAUCUAUUUAAGUAAAAAAAAAAAAAGGUU